AUGGCGGACGCCCUACCACCCUUAAUUGGGCAAUCCAUCGAUUACCACGAUACACCCAUCGCUCACCCUCCGACCACGGUUUUCCCAUACCCUAAAUCUACCCAACCUCCAGGACUUGCUAUUCGAGAAAGAGAUGGCUCUGAUGCGACAUUCAACGAUGAACGACCUGAAAGGAAUGGGGCGCCACAAGUAGUUUCUGUACGACACAGGUCAAUGUCAACUCCAAGGAGUCCUGGCGCAGAAUCAAUUGAACAGAGGCACUCGUCUGCGACACAGAAUCGGCGGCCAUCUAAAAAUAUACAAUCUGCGAAUUCGGACCUGCCGCCGAACUAUGAACCCGAUGACUCCUCUUCGGAUUCAGGCUUCUCUUCUGAAGAUGAAGAUGAAGAUCAGACUGCCGACCUUGAUCACGCACGUUCGCAGCCUGGACGAGGUGAGUUGGGGCCUCAAGAACUAAAUCGUGCUCGCAUGAGGCCGUGGCACGAAAAGAAGCGUCAUAUGAUCAGGAUCGGCAACGAUCAUUUCAAGAGCUAUGGCAAGAUUGCAAAGGAUGGUCGUCUCAAUGUCAAGAUCAGCGAAAUGGCUAAUUCGGGUUAUCUGGCCAAAGCUCUGGGUACUGCUAUUCGUGGACACCUUAGCCCUCAUGACAAGGACACGCAGCAAGAAGAAAAAGAAGCGGAGACUCAUCACCAGGAGCAUAAAGAAACCGACAAAGUUCCUCGCAUGAACAUCGUGAUCAUGGUCAUCGGAAGCCGAGGCGAUGUGCAACCAUUCCUAAAGAUUGGUCAAGUUCUGAGAGAUCGUUAUGGUCACAGAGUACGAAUAGCAACACAUCCUGCCUUUCAGAAAUUCGUCCAAGAUGAGAUUGGCUUGGAAUUCUUCUCUAUCGGCGGAGAUCCCAGCGAACUCAUGAGCUUCAUGGUUAGAAACCCAGGUUUGAUACCUUCCCUCGAGACUCUUACCUCGGGCGAAGUCGGCCGGAGAAGAGAGCAGAUGUUCGAAAUGUUCAAUGGUUUCUGGAGAGCUUGUAUCAAUGCCACUGACCAGGAAAAAGACACUUCCAACCUGAAGAUGUUGAACAAGAGGCCCCCUUUUAUCGCGGACGCCAUCAUAGCCAAUCCCGUAUCUUUUGCUCAUUACCAUUGCGCCGAAAGAUUAGGUGUUCCCCUACACCUGGUCUUCACUUUUCCCUAUACGCCAACAGCUGCUUUCCCGCACCCACUAGCCAACAUCAAGGCAACGAACGUCGACAGAGAAUACACAAACUUCAUGAGCUACCCACUUGUCGAUCUGAUGACUUGGCAAGGUUUAGGCGAUCUGGUCAACCGUUUCCGUGUCAAGACUCUCGGACUCGAGCCUGUCUCUACCCUUUGGGCACCGGGACAAAUCACACGUUUGCGUGUCCCAAUGACGUAUCUUUGGUCUCCUGGACUCGUGCCGAAACCGGAAGAUUGGGGCCCUGAAAUCGACAUUGCAGGCUACGUCUUCCUGGACCUGGCGAGCUCAUACAAGCCUGAGGACGACCUCAAGGAAUUUCUACGCCGAGAUCAGGACUCACGACCCCUCAUAUACAUUGGCUUCGGCUCGAUAGCGGGUAUAAAGGAUACUACUGCUUUUUGCAACCUGCUCUUCGAAGCUGUGAAAGCAGCCGACGUUCGAGCCGUUAUCUCCAAGGGGUGGGGAGAUAUGGGCAAAGGCUUAGACAUUCCAGACGGAGUGUUCAUGGUAGACAACGUUCCCCAUGACUGGCUUUUCCCGCAGAUGGACGCUGUUUGUCAUCACGGUGGUGCAGGGACAACAGCAGCAGGUUUGAGGUACGGAAAACCGACUAUGAUCGUUCCUUUCUUCGGAGAUCAGCCGUUCUGGGCUCAAAUGAUUGUGCGUGCGGAUGCUGGUGCGAAACAAGUUUGGCCACUCAAGAAAUUGACGGUGGAAAGAUUUGCAACCUCUAUCAAAGAGUGUUUGAGACCAGCUGCAAAAGAAAACGCGCAAGCAAUUUCCAAGAGUAUUGCCCUGGAAGGGGAUGGUGCUGACAAUGCAGUGAACGCGUUUCAUCGAGGCUUGAAAUCGUCUUGUGUGCACUCAGUCGCUUGUGACGUGUUUGAGGACCGCAUUGCGGUGUGGUCGGUAAGGCAUACAGACUUCAAAUUGUCUGCACUAGCUGCCAGUCUGCUCGUUGAAAGCAAACGAAUGUCAUGGGAUGAUCUUGAUCUACUCCGCCACAAGGACUGGGCUGACUUCUCUGGUCCUGGUGAGCCAGUCACUGGCGCUGGCGGCGUUGUCGUCGGUGCUUUCCAGGAAGCUGUUCAUGGUAUAUCGAGCAUACAUGAAGAUGCCAAGGCCGACUUGAAAAGGAUUGGGAAACACAGGGAACGGAAAAAGAGUAGAGCCGAAACAAACAUCAGAACCAAGCCAAGGAGUCAGCUUGCCUUAACCGCUGGGCACUCUGCGGACAGCCAGGACGAAGGUGACGCAAAAGUCAACCUGACUGGAGCCGCAGAGCCCGUGCGUAAUCCAACAGUUGCAGGACUACUGGGGGAUUCCGGUACGGCCCGACCGCAUGCAUCUCGAACUCAAACGACAUCGACCCUGGAAGAGCCUGCACCGGUCUUAUUGGCCAAAGAUGUUGGAAGAGGCGUUGGACAUUCGCUCAAGUCCAUCGUCUUACUGCCAUCCGAGAUGCUGCAUGCAGUCACACUAGGAUUCCGUAACGCACCGCGUCUAUACGGCGAUAAAACAGUUCGUCCGCCCCCACACAACAUACACGGCUUCCGGCAAGGAAGUAAAACUGCAGGCAAAGAGUUUUGGUUUGGCAUAUACGACGGAUCCACGGGGCUGGUCAAGAUACCUUAUCUUGAUGUAAAGGAAGCAGGACUAUCUGGUCUACCCAAAGGAGUCGCCAGAGGUCUGGGAGGUCUGGUUCUCAAGCCAAUAGCUGGCACGCUAGGCUUAUUCGACUACACAAACCGGGGUCUUUAUGCUUCUUUGAAGAAAUUGGUAAAAGAUACCGAAAAGACAGAACGUUGGAUUAGAGAAGCAAGGCUCGGCCAGGGAGCUGUGGAAGCAAAAGCACUUCAAGAACAGGAUCGGAAACAGGAUGACACACAUACAAGGCCUGAAAAAGGCCAGUUGGAGCACGCCCGUACCCAAGCGCUCAAUAGGUUUACUCCAGACGAUCGACGUAAACUCGAAGACACACGCAAACAGGAAGAGCAACCAUCGUUGCUUCCUGGAAAGUCGAGCAAGCUCAAGCUCAAACACAAAUCGCACCGGUAA